CGGGACAUGGGGGGGGGUGUGGAAUCGAUUCCCUUAAAAUCUCACCGAAUCGAUUGCCUGGCACGGGGAAGGCAACGUAAGGGCUGCUGGGCGAUGGCGGCCGGCGGCGUGGACACGAAGCAGGGCGACUUCGAGGAGGACGCCUCGCAGCUGCAGUUCCCCAAGGAGUUUGAGAACGCGGAGACGCUGCUCAUCUCCGAGGUGCACAUGCUGCUGGAGCACCGCAAGCAGCAGAACGAGAGCGCCGAGGACGAGCAGGAGCUGUCCGAGCUCUUCAUGAAGACGCUCAACUACACGGGCCGCUUCAGCCGCUUCAAGAACCGCGAGACCAUCGCCAGCGUGCGCAGUUUGCUGCUGCAGAAGAAGCUGCACAAGUUUGAGCUGGCGAGUCUGGCCAACCUGUGUCCUGAGACAGCUGAGGAGGCCAAGGCUCUCAUCCCCAGCCUGGAGGGUCGAUUCGAGGACGAUGAACUGCAGCAGAUACUGGACGACAUUCAGACGAAACGGAGCUUCCAGUACUGAGGUGGAUGGCAGAAUUGCAAAGUCACCUGACGUCUCACUCCGUACACCACUGCCUGAUGAUGUAAAAAAAAAACGCAUCUUCACUGAACGCGUUCAACUGAGUGUAUACUUGUUUAACACGUGGCUUUGUUAAAAGCUGGUGGGGGGUGGGGAUGAGCAAAACAAAAUAAAAUUGUCGAGAUGCAGCAGCGAGAGAUUUAAUCUAGAGAUGCUGCUUUAGAGGAGAUAGGGGUACAUGGAAUGGGAACAUUUGUGAAGGCAAAUUAGCCAGAUACAUUUGCCUGCCUCAAACGAAAAUGCAGCCCUUUCAUUACAGGAAGGAAAGUACUUAUCACCUGGCUAAUACUUUGUAUAUAUGGGUGCAAAAUGUUGCAUAUAAAAAAUUAUCGAAGGGUCCUGCAUUGGGCUUUUAUUUUAAAGAUGUUUUCAGCCAAUUAAUGUUUAUUGAUACAAGUGGGAGGAAACCCACGAGUGCGAGGGCACAACACUCUUCCCCAAUACAGAUGGCAACACAUGGCGGUGAGUCUAGUACCGAUCUAUGGCGAGCCAGGGUACGGCACUUCCUCGACGCCCAUGGGAAGAGAGUCUCGCAACAUCUGUGCGAUCCUCCGACCCUCGCCCCCACAGUGCUGCAUUACAGGCAUGCGCUACCACCGCCCAACUCGGUCAAUCAUCCUGAUGAAGUCUAUAAGUAUGAACCACUGUUGAGAAAAUUGCUUUUCCUAUGGAAACGUUGAAUUUCCACAAAAGCUUAGGGUCACUAAUUGGUGAUGAUCGUACCACUGAUACUAGCACCAUUGGGUUUAUCGUUCAAUCGCUAUCAAUCCAGCAUUGAAAUGUGUGCACUGCAGUGAGUUGCCGGAUCGCUUGUGGGUAGACGUGAUCACCUUGCCACCGAGUACAGAAGAAACUACCCUCAACUACAGUGGUCCUUUGUCGGGGUCGAACCCACAACAUCCUGUAUACCAGGUGAGGCAGUUAACAUCUCGCCACCACGGCGCCCAAUUUUUCAUCAUUAGUUCAUUAAAACCAGGCUGCAUAGAAUGAUAUUCCCCAAUUGAAAAACCACAGGUGAUAGGGAGCCGGUUGAACAUUCUGCGAUGUGUAGCAGUGGUGGUUGACGCAGAUCAAUACCGUAAUCAAAGACAUUCUACAUCCGUCACCGUCGCCUUUUAUCCAUUACAAACAUUGGUCGAUUAUUAAGAAAUGUAUUUGUAUUUCUUUGUGAUAAAAUAAAGUUCAUUGGUCAUGCCUCGGGCAACUCUAAAGACCGUUGCCAGAAUGGCUGCGCAGAAUGCAGUCCAGGUUUUUCUUCGUGUGUUACAUCACAGUAUUUACUAUUCAGUACAAAGCAGUUUUAUGGGAAUGUCACCAUUUUUGUGAAGUUAUGAAGAUUUUCUGAACGACUGAAAAGUGUAAAUUAUUCUAUUUCUUACAUUUGAAUAAAAAAAAA